AUGUAUUCUCAUCGAAAGAUUGAAAAAUGGUUUUCUACUAUGUAGAAGUGUUGUAGCACUUCUAGGUCGUCGACGAACAGUUGCAGUGACGUCGCACUUUGGCUAACAUUGAAUGAAUUGGCCACUUGCACUUGUGUUCGACCAGCCCGAUGCAUCCAUGCAGUGGCGUCGUGAUCGGAUGAAACUUUUCUUGGCAUGAAAAAUAUUCGAAUUUUAAUUGCGUAGAACCGGUUAAUCUUGUUGAAAACGAAAGAAUGAACGGAAAAAUCAUUAAAAUGUGUAUUUCUAACACACAUGUACAAAAAAUUAGAAUGAAAAGACGUUUCUGUUAUCGUUAUAAGUUAUAACACCAGUAUCCUUUACUUUCAAGGAGCAGUUUAUUUCAUUUAAAUAUUUCUGAGGGCAGGUUCUAAGAAAAGAGCGUUUUACAAGGUGAUACGCUCGGCUAGGCUUUGUAUGAAAUAAAAUCACGAUCUAACAAUUCGAAAAACGUCUACUGGUAAUAUGAUUGCUAUCUACACCUGCCUGGGAAAAGAUUCAGUGGAAAUGAUGGGGAAAAAUUCAUAAAACUUUGUCUGAAACAGUAUAAGAGCCUAUUUACAUGUGGUGACCCAAAAAUUUAGUAACCUAAUUUUGCGAUAGUAUGAAACGCAGAAUCAGACAGUAUUUAGGGUCGGAACCAAUCGGUGCAUUUUUUUACUCUAUUGCCAACCCCACUACUAUAUACCUACUCGCCAUUUGAGUGAAAUGGAAAACAUUUUAUUAAUCUUGAAUAAUUUAUAUUGUCUAAAGGCGAUAAAUUCUUCUACUCUCCUAGUGAAAUGACCUCUAUAUCGGCAAUCGUGGUAUAAUUACGCAACAGUGGUUUUAGAGCGUCGGCGUCUGGCAAGGGUUGGACGUCGCGUCGGCGUAAUCCUUGCAACCCCCCUAUCGCACACAUUAGACCAACUCGGGGUGUGUACUACAGCAUACAUUUUCCGAUUCUAAACUGCCACGCUUUCCUUUUAAUUAUAUUAGAAAAGGUACACGAAACCGGCUUGAGGCACCUAAAUCCACAAAAAUGAUAAAAAGCCUAACGGUGCGUGAUAGGUGAAACAGUGCAUUGGACUGCUUAUGGUACCUACACAUUUCAAUUGAUUUAUCAAAAUUUGAGCAUUAGGGACAUGGUGAGUGAUAAUCGUGUUCCCAAAAGGAUUUUGGCCAGAAUCUACGUGGCUAUCAUAUUAUACCUCCACGUAUUGCCGUUUUCAUUAGCUCAGGAUGAGGAUAUACCCCACAAUGAUGUAAAAAAUUGGGCGUUAAAAUUCGGUGUAGAUUUAUGGCAUAUUGGAAAAUCAUGUACCAGAAUGAACGAGUUACAAAGGAAAUAUCAUGACGUCGAUAAAGAUGUAGCUAGGAAAGAUGGAUUACUUCUUAUUAGGGAAAUGGCAGCAGAAGUUAAAAAUAUGAUGGAUUUCAAAAUGAGUGCGGUGAUGCGAAUCAUGGACUCGGCUGAACAAGCGGCUCUAACACCUCAAGCCGACAAUGGACAGGCCUUCAAAUACUAUAAUGCUCAAAGGUUGAACGUUUUCGCUCCAGAUGGAAGGCCAGCUGAAGGUACUAGAGAGAUGAUUUUGACACCAAAUCCACAUUUCGACCAUUUACCGGUAAACACAAGUCUGAGCACAAUACUUCUACCUCCAGGGGUCGAAGAAGAAGACUCCGAAGUGCUUAAUGCUAUACAGUGGUCCGAGCAUUUAGAUCCGCUAUUUGUUAACAAUUACGAAGGGGAUCCAUCGCUCUCCUGGCAAUUUUUCGGGAGCGCAACUGGAUUCUUACGUCGUUAUCCAGGUAUAGCCUGGCCACCAGAAGACAUAUCCACCAUCUGGGAUCGCCCAAGAAACGAAAGAAAUAUAUACGAUUUUCGUUCUUCUGCUUGGUACAUAAACGCAGCCACUUCGCCUAAGGACAUUGUUAUAUUAGUGGACAGCUCAGCCUCCAUGAAUAAGGAAAAGGCCAAUCUGGCCAGAUCCACUGUGGAGAGCAUCUUGGAUACACUUUCCGACAACGAUUUUGUCAAUCUAUAUAAAUUCUCGGCAACGACUGAGGAGAGUGUACCUUGUACCAAAGACCUACUCGUUCAGGCUAAUUAUGAGAAUGUUCAAAUGUUGAAAGAUUCUCUUUCUUCCUUCGAAUAUGAGAAUAUAGCAAAUUUCACAUCCGCCCUCAUCACUGGGUUCGAGAUACUUCACAAGUACAACAGAACUGGUCAGGGUUCGCAAUGCAAUCAGGCGAUAAUGUUGAUCACCGAUGGACCACCUUCUAGUUACAAGGAAAUCUUCAAACAGUACAAUUUUCCUCAUAGACCAGUGAGAAUCUUCACAUAUCUUAUAGGGAAAGACGCGAGUAAUUCCGAUGAGAUGCAUUGGAUGGCUUGUUCCAAUAAAGGAUUCUUCACCAGAAUAAAACAUAUCAACGAAAUUAAAAAUAAAGUCCUACAUUAUACCGAAGUUAUGGCUCGUCCAAUGGUCAUGUAUCAAAAUGAUCAUCCCAUACAGUGGACGUCUGCCUAUGUUGGUGGCAAGGCCGAUAGUUUUGAUCGUACAAAGCAAGGACAACUUAUGACAACUGUAACAACACCAGUUUUCGAUCGCAGAAACCACACUGUCCGGGUAGCUAAUGUUCUUGGAGUUGUUGGUACAGAUGUUUCAAUAGAGCAAAUCAAGAAACUGAUACCAGCUUAUAAACUUGGGGUGAACGGUUAUUCCUUUAUGGUUAAUAAUAACGGUCACGUCUUAUAUCACCCAGAUUUGAGACCAUUGAUCAAUAAUGAUUUGUAUCAGGACACGCUAAGACCGCAAUAUGUUUCUGUUGAUUUGACAGAAGUUGAGUUGGUAGAAAACGAAAACGGACCCCGUGAAAAUCACUCUGUUUUGCUAGAUUUAAGGCAUGAUAUGAUCGAACAGAAAGAGGGAGAAACUGAAAUUGGCGUUAAAGUCCAUUACGACAAUAUGAGACGGGUGGCAACUCGAAGAUAUAAGUAUUUUUAUAAGCCAAUAGAGGGAACACCGUAUUCCCUUGGUCUGGCGAUACCAGAAGGUUAUGGUAUGCUGGAGUUACUAGCAGAACAGGAAAUCAAACAUAGUCAGAAGAAUGUCACUGAUUACUUCAAAGGAAAUAACUGGAGAGUGCAUCCAGACUGGGUAUACUGUGAAUAUACAAAUGGUGAAUCUGGAGAGCAGUGGUUCAGAACCGCUGAAGAGAGAGUGCUUCAUUUUUUGUCACGAAGUAGACGUCCUGGGUGGAAAUGGAUGUCCGUGAGACCUAGAUCGCCUUUACAGAGAGAGCAUCAUUAUACUUUGACGAAGCACGACAGAGAUGCUUAUUUUUGUGAUAAAACUCUAUUGCAAUCACUCGUUUUGGACGCAAAAGUAACGGAGGAAAUCAUGCAAAAAAGAAAUUCACAUUCAAGAGAAACUGAUAACCAUGGUGGAUACAAGAUUUUCGGAUUGACGUUAUCUUUUGUCGCAACACGAAGUGGACUCCUGAGAUGGACUGAUCAUGAUGGAAAACCGGAGUUCACCACUCAGCCGCAUUUUAGUGAAAAUAACGUUCGUGCUAUGGACGAGACUUGGUAUAAGAGAGCAGUGGACCAACAUUCGAUAGAACCUGAAAGUUUCGUAUAUUCCGUACCAUUUGACGUUGGGGCUUCGGGAACGCCAAUGAUAACAGCAACGCAUGCUGUGUUCGUCGAACAUAAAGGGCAUAAAGCACCAGCUGCAGUUGUUGGUGUCCAAUAUCUUCAUUCAACACUUGCCAGACACUUCAUCAAUAUAACAUCAACGUGUUCUGGAAAUUCUUGCAAUAAAACAUGUACAAGCGACAAAUUGGACUGUUACAUUCUGGACAAUAACGGCUUCAUAAUUAUAUCUGAGAACGCAGAGCAUACGGGAAGAUUCUUCGGCCAAAUUGACGGCACAAUAAUGGAUUCGCUGGUGCAAGACAGGAUUUAUAAAAAAAUUCCCGUCUACGACUACCAGGGAGUUUGUUCUAACAGUAGAGGCUAUUUCAGUGCAGAUUCCUCGACUUUGAAGCCUUUCAAAUCGUUCAGCAUCGUGUACAACCUGAUUCUCAGGAUGGUCUUGCUUUGUUUCCUCAAUUUGGGAAAAGCUUACGGAGCUGCCAUAUCUUAUUCAGGAGAUGAUUUGAUGAAUAUUUAUUCGGAAUAUGAUUAUCCAACUGGGGAAGAAGGAAUGGAGGACCACGUGCCUAUAGCAGUCCCUCCAGCCGCGUCUAAUCCAACAUCUUUUACACCUCCCUUCGAGUCAGAUCCUUUAGAUGGAGUCGAAAUGGCACAGUUUGGUAUAAGACCGUGCGACAAGAAAGUUGAUCUCUAUAUACUUCAACCAGAAAGAUUAACUUUUAGCGGACAGAGUAGUCCUCUCAAGGGAAAAUUGACCAAUUGUCACGUGACCGGUUGUGAAAGGCCUUUCAGCGUGCAAAAAAUUCCACAUAGUAAUUUGAUUUUAUUGGUGGUUGAUACGACAUGUCCAUGUGGCAGUAAGCAACUUAGUAUACUACCACAAGAAGUUUUAUAUGAUUCGGGCAAUGGGGGAUGCGUUCAUAAGCAGAAGGAUAGUUUGCCCAGAAAGAGGCCUACAAAAUGCAUCAACUAUCAUCCCGAGGAAAUAGAAAUUCAUAUCUGCGGAUCAUCGGUAUCAACACACGCAUCAUAUUUUUUCGUUGUAAACCUUAUCGUUUUGCUGAGAUUAUUUUCAUCGUGAUUAGUCACAGGGAGGAUAUGGUGUAUAUAAAUUUUUUAAUGAGUUCUAAGUAACGUAAGAGUAAAACAAAAGCAUAUUCAGGAAAUUCUAUAACAAUUGCUCAUUUUUUUUAAAGAUAAAAAAGCUCAAAUAUAUAAAAGCUAAUCAAACUCCGCUUCGAAGGUUUUAGGUUCUAGAAGUUAUUUGUGUAGUUGUAAAUAUCUCAAUUGUCGUAGAUUGACUUUCAUUUGGAAUUGCGAAUUGUAAAAAAAUAUGACAAUAAUAGUUAUCUGAUUCCUCCAAAUUGUGGAAAUAUAUAACCUUCAUUCUUUUUGCGUGCUGAAAUUUUGAUGUUUUACUGUAUAUACAUGAAAGGAAGAAUGAAAGAGAUUUUAAAAUAAGUUAGAUAGUCAAGUACAUAUUGGUAAUAUUCAAACAUAUCCUAACCGCCAUAUCACAAAGAUUUUUUUAUAAUUUCCAGGAAAUACAUCGAAUUCAGUUUGAAGUAAAUCCAAUCAAAAAGUUGUUAGUAGGUAUCCCAUGCGAGUUCUAGUUAUUUCAGAUUGGAACUUGAAGUGUAUUAUAUGAAUUCGAAUUUUUCCUUAUAGCAAAUUUUCUCAUGCGUAGUUAUAUCGAUAUGCAUGUUAUUAGAUGAACUCAAAGUCAUUCUAUUCUCCAUUUUUUGAGCGGAAUACUCGGCAUGUAUACAUAUUUUUGUAUCUAGGAAAUAUGUAAUUAUAAUAUAAUUUUUUUUAUGAAAUCAGAUAUUUCCAGGACAACAUACGGAAAUCUCCACGUGUUUAAUUGUCAUAACCAUGAAGGUUAUACAUGAUUUUUUAUAUCAUAGCAUACAAAACUUAGUAGAAUUGUAGUUAUUUAUAACGCAAUGCUCAAAUCCAUCAAAUGGAUUUUAAUUUUUCGAGAUAAAUAUAAUUGAAAGUAUUAAUGAAGUAUCAUCUUCUGUUUUCUCAAAACUACCAGGGGGAGGUAUGCCAAACCGAAAUUUUGGGAAAGAUCUUGUUUCAAUUGGCUUCUGAAAAUUUUGAAUUAAAUAAUAAUACUAUGAAAUAAUUAAGAUAUUUUUGUGAUGGAAUCAAUCGAGAGAUCAUCUUUUUCCAUGAAUACCGAGAUAUAGAAUGGAAUGAAAUCAAUUUCAUACGAUGAGCACAUUCCUUAAAUUGUUGAUGUUAUUUUCAUUUUUAUGAUUAUAUUUGAGCCAUAAACGUUUGAAACUUUUUUUUCAGCAUAAUUUCCCCAAUUGUACACACAGCCAUAUAAAUUCUAUAGCUGUUGAAUCGGUAAUAGAAAAAAUUGCACUAAUUGAAUGUAUAAGCGAACAAAACUAGAUAAUACGAAACGUGAAUAGUAAAAUUGAAUAGUACUUUCGAUGUUAUCUAGGACAUAAUACCAAAUGACACAUUUUGGAAAUAACAGAAAGUAUUAUGUAGCAUAGGCGCUUUUUCAUCUCUUUUUUCGUUAAUGAUUAUCAACCAUAAUAUGCGAAAUUAAAGAUCAAAAAAUGAUGAGGAUUUACAACACUUGAGCAAUAUACAUCUUUUUCAACUGUUUUAAUCUGAAGAAGGGUGUGCUUGUUACAUAUAUAUGUAUCUAUAUAUAUAUUUAAAGGCUGAAACUCCUGUUGUUAUCUCGAGAACUUUCACAUCAUAUCUCAUACUGAGUGUACAGAUUCAUCAUGUAAUGCAUUUAGGAAGUGGCAAAGAACUUGAGAUGAGGAGCAUGGAUUUCCGUGAUUAUUUUAAAGUGGAAUGAACGUUGAAGUACUUGCGAAGCUUUUCUCAUUUAACUCUUUUGAAUUUUUUUGCAUCAUAUAUUUAAAGAAGUGAAUUUUUCGCUUGAUUUAAACGGAAAUGAUAGAAUCGAAUGAAAAUAAUUCAAGAGAUUAUCUUGAAUCAUUCAAAUCAGAGUGUAUUUGUUAUUUGUUUCUCUGAUUGAAGUGAAAACUAAUUCUUGUUAACUUUGUUGCAAGGAACUUUUUAUUAAAUUUAAAUAAUUGGGUACAUGUAAGUUAACAAAGUCUUCCAUUUAGAACAAAUAAUUAACUUUAAGAUGAUUAUAACCUCCGCGAAUUCGUGAAGGAAAUUGGGAAUCUCUAAUAGAGGCAAUUAAAAAGAUGAGAAACUUUUCUGGAUGAGGGUUAUGAAAGAAUUUGAAAUUUUUACUUAGUGUUUUGGGAAUGAACAAAGAUAUAUGUGGAAAAACUCGUAGAUGAGAUUCUCAAUUUUCUUUUUCUUAUUAGGAAUUAUAUAUCCAAUAUCUAUGUAAAUAAGAUAAAGUGUAGGUAUAAUAAUAUUCAAUAAUAUAUAGUAACACUCAGUUAUGUAUUAUUUGUCGGAUGUUGAUUGUCUUAUAUUUAAAUGUACUCUGAAUUUUCCCCAUCUUAAAUAAAAAUUGCAUAGUUUUAAUAAUACCAAUAUCUCUAAGAAAUUAACUUCUUGUGUUAACUCGAUUGUUCUUUCUCCCUGACUCAUUAGUCUCAACGAUUUUCACGGGG